AUGCGGGCAUUUCAACAACAGGGUCAAUCACAUCCAGGGAAACAGAUCUGUCCUUUUUACCUAAGGAAUCGAUGCGUAUAUGGCGAUCGAUGCAUUAAUUCUCAUUGUUUACCAGAAAACAAAUUGUCCCAGACUUCAAAAUCUAUUCCUUGUAAGUUCUAUCUACAAGGCUAUUGUCACAAUGGGAUCAAAUGUACAUUUUCACACAAUAUAAAUGCCAAUUCAUCUCAUAACUACCGCAGAAAUUUGAAGGAAGCCAUUGACUCAAAAUAUCCAAACAGUCAGCCAAACAAUCUCACCAAAUUCUUAACUAACACUGGUACUAAUAUGGCCAGUAAAACUAUUAAUAAGCCAAUAUCACCUGGUUUAACAGGUUUUUCAUUCCGUCAGACUGAAAAAGUAAUCAAAAUGCAAUUAUUUCGAUAUCGUGAAUGGGGAUAUGAAGCUUCAGAAAUUUAUAGCUCCUACGAUCAACUGAAUGAAAAAGAGCUAUCUAUAUAUCGUUCAUCUGGAAAUUUUGUUCCUGACUCUUAUCUACAAUAUAUUACUUGGGCUAUGGGACAAGCGGGAUACAUAAUACUGUUAAUUAAAAAUUCAUUGACCUAUGAUCUAUCAACAGUACAAAUUUGCGUAUAAAUGCAGAUCAUUAUUUCUGCAUAGAAAUCAACAUAUGUCUACUUCAUCGUAGGUUGUAAUUCACUCAAACAUAAAAUUCUUAAUCUUUAUUUAUUGGUAUACUUUUCAAUAGAGUUUAUCGGAAUAAAUUUUAUAUAAAAAGAAUAAUCAUCAUGACUAUCAUGCGUUUAUAUACAGUUGGAAAUGUAAAACCAUCAAGUCAAUGACGCACCGGUUUAAAAUUUGAAUGUUCUCCAUGAGAACUGGGUUUCCUGAACUCGAUAUUGUAAA